AUGAUGGGGCGCUUGCAACCUGAACUAUUUUCUCAGAUUUCCCUCCUGAUAUUUCAUCACGGCUGCCUCUGCGGAGGAACCUUCAUGGCGAUUUUCGACUAUCAUAUCCCCAAAUCCUUCGAACCACCCACUGAAGAUUGUCUUCGGAUCGGACAAUGCGAUAUCGGCGAGUGUAGAUUCGCAAAUGCCCGUAUCUUGCGCGUCAUGGGCGACCUUGACGCAGGGGAACAGGUGUCAGUCAACCUGAUUUUUCCGUCAGUGCUGCGUUUCUUCUCGUCUCUGCCGCCUCGCUGGAUACUCGAUGCUGUCGUUAUUAUCGAAUCGAUAUGA